AUGAUUAACAAAAUACCAGGAUUUAAAAUUGAAGGCGAAGCUAAAUUAAAUAUGAGUGAUAAUGAGAAAAAUUUUGUUGAUAAGUUGAAUUGCAAAUUCUAUGGUGAUUUUCGUGUGAGUGAAAAUCCAAGUACCUUCGAUGAAGCUGUUAGAAUUUAUCGUCAGUUGCCAUCGCUUUUAGGUGAAAAAAAUGAAAAUGUCGUACCAAAAAAGGUGUGGCUUUAUCCCUUAAACUUAUUGGAUAAUAAAGCAAUGAGAUUUGUUCGAGAGAUUUCAUCGAAGCUAAUUGAUUACUCAAUAUCGGUAGUUGAAAAUUUACAUAGUAUGGAAGUAGAAGCAUCAGAUUUGUCGAAGAGUACAAUAUUUGCGUAUUUUAAUCAUAUGAAUGAACAUUUAUCAGAUUUUGGUGCACGAUUAUCGGAAUUUCAACGUGAUUUGAAAGAAAAGAUCGCAUUGUAUUUACCGAAAAUACGAGGAAGUACUGGUGUUGAAGAAUCUGUUUUAUUUAAUUUGUUUAAGCAAGUUGAUGCAUCGCCAUUUAAUAAGAGCAAACUAGAAUCAUGA